CACCUCAGCCUCCCAAAGUGCUGAGCCACUGUGCCCGGCCUACGGAUCUUCUUAGCAGAGUGUCUGGAGCAGAGGAAUGCUGUUGCUUUAACACAUCCCUCUGUGGGGCACUCUGGGUGGUGAGUGGGAGGGCUGAUGUUGACCUCCAGGUUUCCCUCGCUUUUGGCCACAGCCUUUUGGCGUGUGUUUGCUGGUUGCCUUCUGAGGGCAGAGCUGAGAUUCAGGGAUGAACCAGUCACACUGGACUUGGGACAAUAAGCCAUUGCCGUAGAGUGUUCAGGGGCUCUCACCCAGCCUGGGAGGUGGGGCUAGGAAAGGCUUCAGGUGGGGGUGUCACACCCUCCAGAUGUCUUGCCUGGGAAGCCCCGGGUGCUUCCAGCCUUUCCAGGAGAACGGACCCUGUUUCCGAGUCAGAGGCCACCCCCGCUGCCUCCCUGGGGGUUGAUCUGGCCACAGGGUGGGGCUUCAAUGGUGGAAGCUGGGCAAGAUGGAUUGUUCCCUCCCGCAUACUGGGGAAGUGCCACCCGAUAGCCGCUGCUGACCCUGGGUCACCCACGCUGCCUCUGUCCAGUGGACCAGGGAGAAAAUCAUUAAUGGGAGGCCGGCUUCUGGGGCAGGGCAGCCCCCCUCGGGGACCCGGGGCAAGGAGAUUGGUUUGACCUCUGGUCGAUAAGGUCUCCUGUGAGCAGGAGGAGAGUUGGAGGACUGGGAGGGACGCCAGAGGCCUGCCCUUGGGGGAGGGGACAGGGCCAACCACCUUCGGAAGUCAUUCCAGGAAGGUCAAAGGCCACGGGUGGGGGUUCUUCGGGACAAAUGCCCAUCAGGUGUGGACCUCAGGGGCGCUAAAGUUCCUCUGUCCCUGAGCAGCAGGAUGUGGAAGGAGGCGGGCCCCAGGUAUCAGAUCCGGGCUGUGAGGAGUGGGGGAAGUGAAGAGGAGGCACACUUGGUGGGCCAACAGGCCAGGCCCUGCCUCAGCGGGCUGUAUGGUUUGGAGCAAUGGACUUAACUUUUCUGGGCCUUAGUGCCUCCGUCCGUUCAAUGGGGGUGGUAAGUGUUCCCAUGGCGCAGGUUGUCAGGACUAUCAAAAGCAAUGGCAUCUUCCCAAAUGUGAAUCUGGUUUGUAGGGCUUCGCCUAGAGCCCCAUAAACGGUUCCCUUGUGUUCUAUCACAAGUGACGCCUACUGAGCCAGGCACUGCUCUGAGCACUUAAUAUAUUGCUGUAUAUGUUUAAUCUUUACAGCCACUCAUGAGGAGGGUGCUGUUAUCAUCAUCCUAUUUUAUAGGUGAGGAAACAGGCACUAGAGUUUAAUAACUUGCAUAUGGUCCCUUAGCUGGAGAGUGGCAUAGCCUGGGUUUUGAACCUAGGGCCAGUUCCUGAUGGCACUGGUGGGGCAGACAGGGCCCUACAAGGCAGUGGCCUGCAGGGGAUGGGGCACAGGAAACAUGGGCUUUGGGGUCAGAAGGCCUGGAAUUAAUUCAGCAUUAUUGCUCUGGGGCCUUGUCAGUGGAGCUGACAGUUUCCUCAUCCACAGUGUGGGGUGAUGCUAUCACCCUGAGGACAAUCACAAAGGUUCAACAGUGCUGUCCCGCAGACAAACCUGUGGGCCCAGGCCAGGAUCGAGGGAUAUGUGCAGGUCAGCGUGGGGACAGAGAUCCUGGUGUAGCAAAUGAAGGAAACACAUCCCUGCCCUUGGGAGUUCACAGCUGAGAGGUGAAACAGAUAUUCAGGCAGCCAGGGUCCCAAGAGCUUUACCAUGGGCUGGGUGGGGCUGUGCCAGCCUGGGAAUGGCGUCCCUUGUGACUAGCAUUGUGAUAGACUUUGUGGGCACACAGGAAACAAACCCAGAAUGCUGUCUGGGCUUCAGGAAUGGCUCAGCCUUAUGGUUAACAUGGGACAGGACAUGCAUACAACCAGCAGGGUGUAGGGGACCCUACGCCAAUGCUAAAUGGCACGACAGCAGGCCUUUUCAAUAUUUGUUCAUGCAUCCAUUCAAGAAGUGUUUGAGUUUCUACCGUGUUAGGUGCUGUGGAAUAGUGGCAAUGGGAGACACCGCUCCAGCUUUCUCUCUCUCUCUCUUUUUUUUUUCACGGUACUGCCAGCCUACUGGGGCCAAAAGACAAAACCCAGAUCAGUGCUGGAAAGAAGCACAAAGCAUGGUGGAAGGAGGGAGAGUCACAGAACUUCAGAGAGGGGUCCAGGAAGGCCUGCAUGAGGAGGUGCUGGUUGCUGAGGACAACGUGGACUUCCGCAUCCACGUGGAGAACCAGACGCGGGCUCGGGACGAUGUGAGCCGUAAGCAGCUUCGGCUGUACCAGCUCUACAGCCGGACCAGUGGGAAACACAUCCAGGUCCUGGGCCGCAGGAUCAGUGCCCGUGGCGAGGAUGGGGACAAGUAUGCCCAGCUCCUAGUGGAGACAGACACCUUCGGUAGUCAAGUCCGGAUCAAGGGCAAGGAAACGGAAUUCUACCUGUGCAUGAACCGCAAGGGCAAGCUCGUGGGGAAGCCCGAUGGCUCCAGCAAAGAGUGUGUGUUCAUCGAGAAGGUUCUGGAAAACAACUACACGGCCCUGAUGUCGGCUAAGUACUGUGGCUGGUACGUGGGCUUCACCAAGAAGGGGCGGCCGAGGAAGGGCCCCAAGACCCGGGAGAAUCAGCAGGACGUGCACUUCAUGAAGCGCUACCCCAAGGGGCAGCCGGAGCUUCAGAAGCCCUUCAAGUACACGACGGUGACCAAGAGGUCCCGUCGGAUCCGGCCCACACACCCUGCCUAGGCCAUCCCGCCGCGGCCCCUCAGGUCGCCCUGGCCACACUCACACUCCCAGAGAACUGCAUCAGAGGAAUAUUUUUACAUGAAAAAUAAGGAAGAAGCUCUAUUUUUGUAUAUUGUGUUUAAAAGAAGACAAAAACUGAACCAAAACUCUUGGGGGGAGGGGUGAUAAGGAUUUUAUUGUUGACUUGAAACCCCCGAUGACAAAAGACUCAUGCAAAGGGACUGUAGUCAACCCACAGGUGCUUGUCUCUCUAUAGGAACAGACAACUCUAAACUCGUCCCCAGAGGAGGACUUGAAUGAGGAAACCAACACUUCGAGAAACCAAAGUCUUUUCCCAAAGGUUCUGAAAGGAAAAAGAAGAAAAAGAAAAAGAGAAAGUAGUACUCUGCCCACCAACAAACUCCCCCUGACUUUCCCAAUCCUCUAUCCCUGCCCCAAACUCCAACAAAAAUCGCUCUCUGGUUUGCAGUCAUUUAUUUAUUGUCCACUGCAAGCUGCCCCGAGACACCGCGCAGGGAAGGCGUGCCCCUGGGAAUUCUCCGCGCCUCGACCUCCUGACGACAGACGCCUCGUCCAAUCAUGGUGACCCUGCCUUGCUCGCAGUUCUGGAGGAUGCUGCUAUCAACCUUCCGUGACUCACGUGACCUAGUACACCAAUGAUAAGGGAAUAUUUUAAAACCAGCUAUAUUAUAUAUAUUAUAUAUAUAUAAGCUAUUUAUUUCACCUCUCUGUAUAUUGCAGUUUCAUGAACCAAGUAUUACUGCCUCAACAAUUAAAAACAACAGACAAAUUAUUUAAAAAACCA